GCUCGCCAGUGCCCUAGCCCUAGAGCUGUGGGCGCGUAUGUGCGGCGUUGGCGAUCACCAGGUGGAAUCGAGCCGAGGAUGACUGGCAAGGCCAAGCCCAAGAAGCACACGGCCAAGGAGAUCGCGGCCAAGGUGGACGCGGCCACCACCAACAGAGGAGGCGGAAAGGCGGGGCUCGAGGACCGAUUGGGGGCGGACAAGGGCGGCCAUGCCAAGUUCGUGUGCCCAAUCUGCAAGGCCACCGCGCCGGAUGUCAAGAGCAUGAAGAUCCACCACGACGCCCGCCACGCCAAGCUCCCAUUCGAGGAGGAGAAGAUUGCCAACCAGCACGCCGGGGUGGAGUCGUCCGCCAAGGAGAAAGAGAAGCCGGGCGUGCGAGGGAGCCAUAAGAAAUGACGAAGCAUCCAUCGCCUGGAGGAAGAGGAGAGAAUCGCCCACUAAAAUCUGACCAUGGAUUUACUCUAUCAUGGGAAGUAACAGCGUAAAAAUCCCAAGGGUAAA